GCGACCGCUUGGGUGUCGUUAAUUUCUCAAACAACUACGCUGCAUGAAAUCAUUCCCGCCGCGUGGGUUAUAGUUUGUGGAUUACGGUUGCGGUUUGGUUAUAAAUCCCGCCAUCUCCGCAACACGAGCGACGAUUUUUGGUGUAUUAUAAUUAUGCCGAGUUGAUUUCACAGAACCACGAGGUGAAAAACAAGAAGUUAUGGCAAACGUAUCCGUUGACAAAGAAACGUUUUUUCGUCGUAUGAAGCGGCUUUAUACCGCAUGGAAGGAUGGAGAAGUUGGUACAGACGAUAGUUUUAGUAAAAUGGAUUGUCUCGUUUCUGCCGUGGGCACGGACGAGGAUAUCGUGUACAGCAAAUCGACAGCGUUGCAGACAUGGUUCCUCAGUUAUGAACUUACAGAUACUAUAAUGAUCUUAGCAGAAGAGUCUAUCUGUUUCUUAGCUAGUAAGAAAAAAAUUGAAUUUGUCAGGAAACUUGAAAAUCAGAAAACGGAAGACACUGGUGUACCUUCUGUAAAAUUACUUGUGAGGGAUAGAAAUGAUGAAGAUAAAGCCAAUUUUGCUAAACUUAUUGAGAUCAUAAAACAAAGUAAAAAGGGUAAAACAUUGGGUGUUUUUUCUAAAGAAAAUUAUCCAGGUGCCUUUAUGGAUGCAUGGAGAGCUGCAUUAAAGCCAGAAUCUUUUGAUACGAUUGAUGUAAGUGCUGCAGCUGCAUAUGUAAUGUGUCCAAAAGAAGAUGCUGAAAUUCAUACCAUAAAAAAGGCUUGUUUAGUAUCUGUGGAUGUCUUCACAAAGUAUCUUAAGGAUCAAAUUAUGGAAAUUAUAGAUUCUGAUAAGAAAGUUAAGCAUUCAAAGCUUGCAGAAGGUGUAGAUGCUGCUAUAACAAAUAAGAAGUAUGUAACUAGUGUUGAUGUUACUCAAGUAGAUAUGUGUUAUCCCGCGAUAAUACAAAGUGGUGGAAAUUACUCCUUGAAGUUUAGCGUUGUUAGUGAUAAAAACACUUUGCAUUUCGGUGUCAUUGUUUGCUCUCUUGGAGCGCGUUACAAAUCUUAUUGUUCCAAUAUAGUUCGAACAUUGUUAGUAAAUCCUACCAAAACCAUUGAGGAUAAUUAUAACUUCCUUUUACAAUUAGAAGAGGAGAUUCUGAAGAAAUUAGUAGCUGGAGUGAAAAUAAGUGAAGUAUAUGAAACAGGGGUAAAGUAUGUAAAGGAUGAAAAACCGGAGAUGAUUGAUCAUUUAACCAAACACUUUGGAUUUGCGAUGGGUAUCGAAUUUAGAGAAAGUUCUUUACUUAUUGGUCCAAAAACUCAUGCAGUACUAAAGAAAGGCAUGGUAUUCAAUGUAAACGUUGGGUUGGCGAAUCUUACAAACUCAGAAGCUACUGAUAAAGAAGGAAAAAUCUAUGCACUUUUCAUUGGUGACACAGUUAUGAUUAAUGAGGCACAACCUGCUACGAAUUUAACACCUUCGAAAAAAAAGGUAAAAAAUAUUGGAAUAUUUGUUAAGGAUGAAGAGGAAGAAGAAGAAGAAGGAAGUGGAAAGGAAAAUGAACCUAAACCUGAGAUCCUUGGUCGUGGAAAGAGAACAGCUGUAAUAGAAUCUAAAUUGAGAACAGAACAUAGUUCUGAGGAAAAGAGGAAACAACAUCAAAAAGAACUGGCACAACAGCUAAAUGAAGUUGCAAAAGCUCGGUUAGCUCAACAAUCUGGUGGGAAGGAACAAGAAAAGAUACGGAAGUCAACAAUAUCGUACAAAAGUUUGAGUCAUAUGCCACGAGAACCAGAAGUAAAGGAAUUGAAGUUAUACGUUGACAAAAAAUAUGAAACUGUAAUUUUGCCCAUUUUUGGAAUUCCUGUACCCUUCCAUAUAUCCACAAUUAAAAAUAUUUCUCAGUCGGUAGAAGGAGAUUAUACGUACCUCCGAAUAAAUUUUUUUCAUCCUGGUGCCACAAUGGGUCGGAACGAAGGUGGAUCAUAUCCACAACCUGAUGCUACAUUCGUCAAAGAAGUAACAUAUCGAAGUACAAACACCAAAGAGCCUGGUGAAAUUUCAGCACCAUCUUCUAAUUUAAACACAGCCUUUAGAUUAAUCAAAGAAGUUCAAAAGAAAUUCAAAAAUAGAGAAGCAGAAGAAAGGGAGAAGGAGGAUCUUGUAAAACAGGACACUCUAAUACUCUCCCAAAAUAAGGGUAAUCCAAAACUAAAAGACUUAUACAUUCGACCAAAUAUCGUUUCGAAGAGAAUGACAGGAGGUUUAGAAGCACAUGUGAAUGGAUUCCGUUACACUUCGGUUAGAGGAGAUAAAGUUGAUAUUCUUUACAAUAACAUUAAAAAUGCCUUUUUCCAACCGUGUGAUGGCGAAAUGAUCAUAUUGCUUCAUUUUCAUUUAAAACACGCAAUAAUGUUUGGUAAAAAGAAGCACGUGGACGUACAGUUUUAUACAGAAGUUGGUGAAAUCACGACAGAUUUAGGGAAACAUCAACACAUGCACGAUCGUGACGAUCUUGCUGCUGAACAAUCAGAACGAGAACUUAGGCAUAAAUUGAAAACUGCCUUUAAGAGUUUUUGUGAAAAAGUCGAAAGCAUGACGAAACAAGAAAUUGAAUUUGAUACACCGUUCCGAGAUCUGGGAUUCCCUGGAGCACCAUUCAGGAGUACUGUUCUUCUGCAACCCACUAGUGGUUGUUUAGUAAAUCUCACAGAAUGGCCUCCAUUUGUUAUAACUUUAGAAGAUGUUGAACUUGUUCACUUUGAAAGAGUACAAUUUCACCUUAAGAAUUUUGAUAUGAUUUUUGUUUUCAAAGACUAUCAUAGAAAAGUCGCUAUGUUAAAUGCCAUUCCCAUGAACAUGUUAGAUCAUGUAAAGGAGUGGUUAAACUCGUGCGACAUCAGAUAUACAGAAGGUGUACAAUCUUUGAAUUGGACAAAGAUUAUGAAGACUAUUACAGAUGAUCCUGUAGGAUUCUUUGACAGUGGUGGUUGGAGUUUCUUGGACCCAGAGAGUGACGCAGAAAAUGAUGAAGUAGAAGACGAGGAGGAAGAAGAAGACGAUGCUUAUGAGCCAUCUGACUUUGACACUGAAGAGGAAUCUGAUGAUGAUUCUGAAUACUCUGAAGCUUCAGAAGAUUCAGAUAGCGAAGAAGAGGAGUUGGGUAGCUCUGAAGAAUCUGGUAAAGACUGGUCUGACUUAGAACGGGAAGCAGCUGAAGAAGACAAAGAAAGAGGAGAAGAUAGAUUCCAUGAUGAUUAUAAUUCAAGUAAAAAGAAAAAAGGAAGUCGAAAACAUUCACCAUCACCAUCAAAAGACAGGCAUAAUUCGAAGCACAAGAGUUCUUCAAGUUCAAAAAGUAAAAGUUCGUCCAGUAGUAAAGAUAAAAAAUCAUCGUCGUCGGAUAAACAUAGAUCGGAUCGAUCGCGGAGUGGAGGAUCACACAAGAAAGUGUCUCCUUCCAAAUCAUCCAAACACAGUCCCAAGAAGAGCGAUAAACACGAUAAACAUGAUAAACACAAGUCGUCAAAUCACUCUUCGUCUAGCAGUAAGAAACGAACUCGUGAGGAUAGUGCAGAAAGAAAUGAUAGGGGAUCGAAGAAAUCUAAGAAAUAAGGGAGAUAUCUACGUAUUGGAGGAAGCACAUAUGAAAACACAAACACCGAAUGUUGGUUCCAUAUUAAACUUUCUUAUGGUACGUCGAUUAAGUUAGAAGGAUAGUACAUUUUCUUGCAUUGAUUCAUUUAAACUCUAAGCAAACGAUUUGUUAUUGAUAUUAUUUAAAAGUUCGAUAGUGUGCUGCUAAGACUUGGAUACUUAUCAGUAUCUGCUUGGUGAUAGCGAUGUAAUGUGUAUGAACUUGUACGGGUAAUUUAACAUAAAUUUACGAAUGAGCACAUUUUUUAUCACUUGUACAUAAAACUCUUUUUUAAGUAAAAAAAAAAUGUCGAUCUUAAUUAUAUAAUAUAGCUACUAACACGUAUCAUUUCAUUCCAUUGUUCGUUUGCUGGUAGUAUUCAAAUGUAUUUGUAAUAACUUAUUAAGUUUGUGAAUUAAAAAUGUAUUGAAGUAUUGAAACGGCAUCCAUUGUACAGAUAGUAUAUAUAAAAAGAAAACAACGUCUUGUCUGUUAUGAAUAUUGCUUUUUUAUUAAAUGAAUACAAAAAUUAAUUCUUAAUUAUAAUAAACAAUAGGAAAACUUACAGAUAUAUAAUUGUAACACACUUUCAAUGCAAGAUAAUGCACUAGUGUUAACUGUCGGUACGUAAGACACCCAGAAAAUAGAUAUUAAUUUACUAAGCGAAGAAAGCUGAAAUGGAUCAAAAUCGUUGAUAAUUUUGUUCGCACGGUUCUGAAAUUUGUACCUUGGUAAACAAAAUAAAUACUUUUUAAGUUAUUUAUCAUUAAUGUACGAGAUAUUGUCACUUAUUGACAGAGUGCCCACAGAAAUAGAAUCGUUGCUACUGUAAUAUAUCACGAUCAUGGUACAUUUUUAAAGACGGCACAAUUACUUAACAUUUCUUGCUUUUGUUUGAGUUAAGAUUUUUGUUUCAUUUUACAGUAGCAUAAAAAUCAAACGAAAAUUCAUUCGUCCUUCAGAUCUUACAUAAUUACUUUCUUAACUUUGCGAGAAAGAACGGAAUAUUAAAUUCAUAGAUUUGUACAAAGGUGAAAGUAGAAUGAAAGUAAACAGCUCCACUAAAUUUUAUUGUAUGCUCGACUUCUUUUUUCCUUUCAAUAUUGUGUUUGACAAUAGACAUGGAGGAACGUUUACUGACUUAUUAUGUUUUGAAUUCCUUGGCAAUGCCAUAUAAUAGAUGCCAAAGAAGAUCCGUUUCAAUAGUAACAUAAAUGUAGGUGAAGUGAAAGUGUACCUCUGGUUAGUGGUUCUGCAGCUUUCUCCAUAACAUCACUACGUAUAUAUAUAUAAUUCUGGCAGGUGACUUAGUUCGACAUUUCACAAGUUGCGAAUGACUCCUUUUUUUUUACAAUGAAUGAUGUUACUUGGAAUGUGUGUUGUAAUACUCUUUCUACGAAUGAUGUUGGCGGACGGCCAGUUUAAAGUAUUUUAAGUAUGUACCAAAUUUUAUAAAGUCAAGUAAAAUAAAUCAUCAUCCUUUUUCAAA